CACAAUCGCAACACUUCAGCGAAUUUUUGCGCGUGCGAAAAAAGGAAAAAAAAAGCUUCAGAUAAUUUUUCCCAAACUUUUCUCAUUUAACAGCAUACAUCUCUCGCCAACAUUUGACCGUGUUAACACGUUUUUAUAAAGUGAUCCCCAUUUUUUGGUGUAUGAGAAGAGAGGGCCACGGAAGGGAGUUACAUACGAAAUAGCACAUACCAAUAGGAAAUGCCAAAGAGGAAAUACCAAUAGGAAGUACCAACAGGAAGUACCAAUAGGAAGUACCAAUAGGAAACACGAACUUAUGAACAUACGCACAUUAUCGCUCGCCCCGCUUGAUAACCUAUAAUGACAUCGAGAAGACAUAAGUUUUUUAAUGAAACAGAUUUAAAGAUAUACAUCAUAGGGGAUGAGGACUCUGUAGUGGGCUUCUUACUAGCUGGCAUAGGCUUUCGGGAUGGCUUAGGGAAAAAAAAUUUCUUCAUCGUGAAUUCGAAAACGAACAAAACCGAAAUAGAGGAAGUAUUCAAGGAGUACACCUCAAAAAACGACUGUGGAGUUAUUCUGAUGAACCAACAGAUCGCGGACGAAAUAAGAUACCUGGUUGACACGCACGACAAGAUCCUGCCAACCGUUUUGGAAAUUCCGUCCAAAGACAAGCCGUUUGACCCCAACAAGGAUUCGAUCAUACAGAGGGUGAAGCUUUUUUUCGGGGGGGACAUUUCAAACUUGAAGUGAAAGUCCGAGGUGGAGGCUAAACAGAGCGGAGGCUAAUCUGUAGGGAGGCUCUUCCGAAGGGAGGCCAACCCAACUUUCCCCACUCGUCAUCCCCCUUUUGACAAGAAUGGACGUAAAGGUGAAGGGGAGCAUCCUUCUCGCUGUCCUCCUUUCCACCUACAUCUACGUGAUGAUAAAUCUGUUCGUCCAGCCGUUCAUUAUUUCGGAUUAUCUGAUCACCGUUUUUUUUGUAGACCCAUGGAAAUUAGCUUUUUUUAUUAAUUAUUCAUUCGUCCUUUUUAUAUCCUUUAUUCUUUGUUGCAUCGGAUUUAUACUUCUCACUUGUUGAAAGCAAACCUGUAGAGUAGAGGCUUACCUUAACGUAGAAGGAGCCAUUUGAAGCGGCCCAUCCAUCCGUGCGCCUGAGGGGGAGGACCCUCCAGCAGUGUACACAUAGCUGUGCAUAUGUAUGUGUCCCCUCCGCUAUACGGAGAAGCGUCGAAUAUGCCCCCUUACGUGGCAGCUUCGUUUGUUAAAAAGGUUGUUGGCACAUUUGAAGAAAAAAAUUAGUGAGGGAAUUCGACGACUCCGCAUAAAUGAAGCACAAACGGGGAGAAAAAUUUGGCAUAUUGGUUCACCUACCCCAGUGGCAUC